AAAAAUAUAUGAUAUUCCAUUCCUCUACUUCCAAAAGGAGAUGCGAAGAUUAAAGAAAGGGAUAUAUUUCCUUAAAAGCGUGGGUUACCUGGGUCUACUGCAGAAGAUGAUUGGAUUUAACUUCAGCUUUAAUCCUUCUGACAAAUACAAUUGCAAUAAAACACCAAUCGCAGGUCUCUAAGCACGGGCUCAACCCCCGGCCCGCUACAGACCUUCUUGGUAGGCUGUAACCCGCAGAGGAAAAGCAGCAGGGCGCAGGGUCGUGCUGUUCCAGGCAGGAAACGCGCGGUGGCAGUGCGGCCGCUCCAUCUUCGCAGGGGUUUUGCUGACAGGCAGGAAUGAGUUCGCUUUCUCUCGGCAGGGUAAUUCAAACGAAUAGGCCAGCUGUAGAAACAACGCAGCUAUUCCUGACUAGCCUGCACUUGUGUACGACACCUCCAACCACGGUAUCCAAAGCUCUGCAUAAAUAACAGAGGCAAAAAGGUGCUGGGAGAAUGACAUUUCAUUCUCCAGGUGAUCCUAGAGAUUUACAUAGGAAUUUUGUUAGUCUUUAAAAUUAAGACUGUGUUGUUCAGCGCUUUCAAAGCUAAACAGAACGCAUCAAUAUUCAUAUUUAAACCAGUUUCCUCCAAGCUUUCUGAAUUAAUCUGUUUUCAGUGUGCCCUCAAAACCAGUUUGCUGUGUCAGUCAUAUUGCAGGGAGAGAGAGGAAGGAAGAGAAAGAAGCGUGAAAGGGCCAACUACCACAGCUCUAAUAUAAAUGUUCUUUCUGCAUUACUUUUGUAUGUGAUACUUUCCCCUGUAGUCACUGUAUGCAUCAUAAUUAAAUCUCUUUUUCAAAAAACUUAAGAUCAAGCAUCCAUCACAUAUUGCCAUCCAUUCAACGACAACCCCAGCUACAGUGCUCUGAUUCUACAAAUGGCACUGAUAAAUUCUUCUGCUCUCAAAAAACAUAAGUCAACUUCAAAGAAUUGGUAUUGGUGGAGCAGUUGGUUACAUGGAAUCUCAUUAUUUUCUUUGAGUAGAAAGUGCCUUAAUUCAUCUUUAUUCCAGCUUUUGCCUAAGCAUUUUUUCAAAUGGCUAGGAAAGAAAAUAUACUGCCCCCUCAAAAACAAACAAGCAAAAAACACACCACAAAAACUUUUCCACUUAGCAUUUCAGAAGAAACCUGUCUCAGACAUCUCACUGAAUAUUCAGCAGCAUCUGAAGACACACUCUAGGGGAUUGUUUUCUAAAUCCUGAAUCUAUUUGAAGUGUAUUUUAUGUGUGAAACCAAAUUAGUGUCAACUAUAAAAACUGUGUUUGUCCUGAAACUCAGGAAAUGAGAAGAGGGCAAGAAAAAAGAGGAGGAAAGGAAAUGUUUCACAUUUUUAAACCUGUUUUUUAAUCUCCCCAGCAGUUCUCUCUCAUCCGUGCCUGCCUGUUCUAGACAACCAACUAGAACAUAGUAUCUAUUGUUUACUGGAGAUGCCUUUGUGACUGUGGUGUAGUAAUAGGGUCUAACAGUUCCUAGCAUAGUUUACAUUCCUUCUGAGCUGUGAUGUGUCCUCCCCAUUGUUUUUCCUGCCUUGUCCUUCCCAUUCUUCCAUUUUUUUAUCCUUCCAAUUCUCUGUUACAUUUUUAGACUUGCCCAUCACAGUUCAGCCACAUACCUUCAGCUUCUUCCUCUUCACAAAUUCCUGUUUUCCUUUCCCAGCAGGUACCCCACAGCUUAUCUCCAGCCUCUCUGCUCCCGUAUGUUACCUUAACAAGGAAUGUGUCACCACACCUCUCUUAACAAGUGAAACUAUUUUUGUAUAUCCUGCAAAAAUCCUGUGAUACACUACAUGAGAACAAAGGGGAUGACAUUAGCCAGACCAGUGACAGGCCAGUUCAGAGCCCCCUCCUCUUCUUCAAGAAAAAUGGGAGAGAGACAAAAAGUGAAUCAAAGGCAAAAGGAUUUUGCUGCUGCAAGCAGAACUCCAAUGCAUGGGAUCAGUCCUUCCCCCAGCCUGAUUUUUCAGGAAGUGAACAGGAACAGUUCCUUGCAUUAUCAUUAAACAAGGAUCAUUUCGAUGUUAGUUUCCCCCAAGCCUCCCUGUCCCCUCACCAUUUUAAAGCCAUGCUGAUUCAUCUGGAGUCUCAGUGGCUCUCUGAAACAGCAACAAGAGAUGUUAAAAGCCAUAUUCAUCUUUCAUUUUCUUUUAGGAAAAACUAAAGCUUUUACAUUUAGCUGGUUGGUGUUUUGGUUUGUUUUCGGUUUGUUUAUUUGUUUUUAAAUUAAACAACUCUGGCCCUUCUAUCUCAUUUUCUAACUGCAGUGUGACAGCCUGUGCUUUCCUAUCCACAAGGCUUUGCCUCCUCCUUUCAGAUCCAUGCAGUCACAGAGCUUGUUAAGCCAGCAGCUCCACGUCAUGUCCCAAGGUAGCAGAACAACUGAGGCCUCUGUGCUGCUCCUAUUCCUCGAACCCUGUUUCUGCUGUACGUAGCCACUCAGGAUGGUAAACACAGGCAGGUUUGCCUGUUGGGUUUUCUCCAGCCUUUGAUUGUGGAAUUCCCUCAGCACCCCUUUACAAAGAGACAGAGAGCAGAGUGCUUCCAUUCAGCUGCCUGUGAAGUCUCAAGACAGCCUGGAGACCGCGGGCAGCAGAGAAACCUCCCUACACACACACUCACACAAUCCCAGCCAAAAGAUUUUGCCUCUCAUCCAGAGACUGUGAAGCAGUUUCACAUCUUACAUGUCCAGAUUGGAACAGACGCGUACGUAAAAUGCGUGUUGUCCGUAAGCUAUGUGUAAACCACAGAAGUACUUAAACGCUGGUUUAAGAUGUAUGAACAUACACGCGUUUAGAACAUGUUCCCGUUUGUCAGCUUCUCCUCGGCUGUACGGCCUCGGGGCCGCUGUCGGCUGCCAAAUUCACGGCCGGAUCCGUGGGCGGCUGGCUGACACCGCUCCGCGCUGCCUAAAGCUGGGCCGGGCCGCCACGCCGCGUCCCUCACCCCGGCGAGGGGAGGGAACGAGAGGAGCGGGGACCGUGCAGGAGGCAGGCGGGAGGCGGAGGGACGCGGCUGUGCCCGGCACCUGCGCGGCGGGCGGGGCAGGGCCUGGGGCCGCGCUGAGCGCGGGGCGCGUCCCGCUCCGGCCCCUCCCGUCCCUCAGCGGCAGUCCGAGCUCCGGCGGUGGAGCGGCGGCUCAACAGGUCUCCGUGAGGCGCGGCCCCGGCCCCGUGCCGCCACCGCGCGCACCCAUGGCCGGCCGCGGCCCCGGCGGCGACCAGGGCUACAUCCGCACCGUGCUGGGCCAGCAGAUACUGGGCGAGCUGGACAGCUCCAGCCUGGCGCUGCCCUCCGAGGCCGGCCUCAAGCUGUCGGGCGGGGAGGAGAAAGCGCUUCGGAUCCACCGGCAGGUCCAGCAGACGCUGGCCAGGAAGAGCCGAGGCUCGCUGCACAACGGCAGUUUACACCGUGCUUCCAGUGUCCCAGAACGUGUCUAUAACAUGGGGAUUGUUGAAAAUGAUUUUUCACCAAGAUCUCAGUAUGGUUUCUCAUAUUAUCAGUCAAACCAGGUUGCGUCACCAUCCUCUUAUACAAAUGGCUGGGGAACAAGAAUUGCUUACAAGGCAAUGGAAGAAAGAGCUCAAAGACAACCUCUGAAAAGAUUAGAGGUUUCACCCCAGCGAGGUCCCAAAAGAUUGUCAUAUGUGUCCAAUGAUUUUCACUAUGACAGAAUGUUUUCAACUGGAUUCUCCCCAAGGCAUGGAAAUUAUAGGAGAUCCAAUGGGACUGUCCCACCAAGAUAUGCUCGUUCUGAGAUUGCUGGUUACACAAUUCGUGAUACAGUGAGCAGGGGAAACUCUCUUAAAAGACACUCCCAGUUGGGGGCUAUUAAUGACACCAUCCCUGAUAGUGCCCCUCUUAGCCCCCCUGUACAAAGGUACCAUCAAGCAGGCAACAGUCGCAGUAUGACCAACCUUUUAGAGAAGGAAAACUACCUGACUUCAGGCAGUGCAAUGGGACAAGUGAGAUCACCAACUGCUUCCCAUUUUGGAUAUCAGAACAGGCAAUCUUUAAGGUCCAGCUGGCACCAAACUACUCUCAGAAGCGCACAGACCAGGAGGGAAGCUUCCCAGCCAGCUUCAGUAACCAGUGUUGCUGCAGAACCAGAUGGUAAGAGGAUGACACUGACAGCUGCUAUGGCAGCAGCGGGGAGAAACAGUUUCCUGCAGAGUGAACAAGCCACCAUCAAUGGAUCUCAGCUAGGGAGCCCAGAAAUGGAGAUGACUCUAGAGCGUGCAGUGAGCAUCUUGAAGAGUGAAAAUACACAGUCAACACCGAGGAUACUUGCUGCAGUGACUUUCAUACAGCAUGAAUGCUUCCAGAAAGCAGAAGCCAGAAGAAAAGUUUUUUCACUUGGUGGUAUCCCCAGACUUAUACAGCUUCUUGAUGCUCAGAAUGAGGAUAUUCAGCGAGCAGUGUGUGGUGCUUUGAGAAACUUGGUGUUUGAAGACAAUGACAACAAACUGGAAGUGUCAGAGCAGAAAGGGAUCCCUAUCUUGCUCCGUUUACUCCGAUAUACCAAGGAUGUAGAAACUAAAAAGCAAAUAACAGGUUUGUUGUGGAAUUUGUCUUCCAAUGACCAGCUGAAGCACCUGUUGGUUAAAGAAGCCCUACAUACCCUGACAGAAGCUGUUCUCAUCCCUUGCUCUGGCUGGCCAGAUCGAGAUUACCCCAAGUCAAGUGUGUUACCUGACCCUGAUAUCUUCUACAAUGCCACAGGAUGCCUGAGAAACAUGAGCUCUGCUGGCCCAGAAGGAAGGAAAAAGAUGAGAGAGUGUGACGGUCUGAUUGAUUCUCUUGUGUAUUAUAUUCAAGGAGCUAUUGCAGACCACGAGCCUAAUGACAAGGCCACAGAAAACUGUGUGUGCAUUCUUCACAAUCUUUCCUACCAACUAGAGGUAGAACUUCCUGAAAGCUACACCCAGAGCAUCUAUGUACAAAGAAGAAAUAUUUCUACCAAUGAUAGAACACCAGGCUGUUUUGGAACAAGAAGCAGAAAAGUGAAAGAGAAGCAGCAGGACACCCCACUACCUGAGGAAAAGAGCAAUCCCAGAGGUGUGGAAUCACUCUGGCAUUCCACACUGAUUAGAAUAUAUCUCUCCUUGAUAGCAAAGAGUACCAGAAACUAUACACAGGAAGCAUCCCUGGGAGCUCUUCAGAACCUCACAGCUGGUACUGGACCAAUGCCGUUUGCAGUGGCCCAGACUGUCGUUCGGAAGGCAAAUGGCCUUCCAAGUAUUCGAGCUAUGCUGCAUGUAAGCCACCCAGCAGUAAAGAAGACAGCAGUCUCACUGCUCAGGAACUUGUCUCGCAACACCUCUCUGCAAAAUGAUAUAGCUAGAGAAGUUUUGCCAGAUUUGGUCUCGAUACUUCCUGACUACGUCCCAGGGUCUGAUAUUGCUUGUGAAACCACAGCUUCUGUCUGCUACACUUUAUACAAUUUGACACAGAGCAGUUCUCACAAUGCACGGCUUCUCCUAAAUGCUGGUGGCCUGCCAAAGAUCAUUGCCAUCAGCAUGAACGACAGUAACAUGUUCAGCAAAGCUAGUAAGGCUGCUUCAGUCCUCCUCUACUUCUUGUGGGCACAUACUGAUCUCCACAAUGCUUACAAAAAGGCUGAUUUUAAGAAGACAGAUUUUGUCAAUACCCGGACCACAAAAGCCUAUAACUCACUAAGAGAUUGAAUCAGAUCAUAACAUGACAGAAGACGUAUAUUGAUUAGUGUAACUGUCUUCACGUGGCUGGUAUUCCUGUGAAUCGGGAAGUAUCUCGGAAAAAAAGAGGCUGAUUUAUAGACUGGAAUGACCAGUGAUAGCUGUCCUGUGUUUUUAAUUUUCACCACGUUGUUGUCACCAUAGAUCAGUAUAUGAAUAACCAGAAAUGGAUUCUUCAGGACAUUUGAGGUGACGUUUCAUCUAGGUUUACCACUGCUUGGAGUUUCAGAUGACUGCCUUUAGUCUAGCAGACAUUUAUACACAGAGGUUUAAAAUGCUGAUUGGCAGCAAAUACUUUUCAGAAUGUUUUAUACAGAUCGUUUUCUACAGAGGGUAAGCAUCAAUUGCACUGCUCAGGACACAGUAAUUUUUCACCCUUUUGUCUCUUCACGUAUGCUAAACAAGAACCUCCAGACUCUGUGAGUAUGCACAAGAAGCUGUUUCACUACCUGCAUUCUAAAAGCACUAAGGAAGUUAAAAUGAGUAUUUUUAUAUCACUUGUAUUCAUGUGCUCACUGGUUCUUAAGCCUCUUUCUUUCGAGAUUUCAUUAGCAACAGCAAUAAAGUUGAUUUUGCAUAGA